AUGUCUGAUCUCCACGAAUGGUUCAAUGGUUUCAGGAAGUUCCGAAAAACCUGCGCAAAAUGUCGACUACGAUUGGAAAAUGAUGAUGUGGUGAUGAGAGCACGUGAUGCCGUCUUUCACGUGCAUUGCUUCUCGUGUGUUGUCACCAUGAGUUACCUCAGCUUGGACGAGCAAAGGCUUGCUAUCGAUCGUAAGGAUGAUUCUGACGAGCAAGAAGGUGUACAGUAA